UGAUAUUUUAUCAAAAUUACAACAAGCGACUGUUUUCUGCUAAUUCCCUCCAUCUAAACUCGACUAUUCGCGGUAUAAACGGGGUAUUUGCGUGGGGGAAUUAACGGUGGUUUCCGCGCCGAGACCUCCAUGCGGCUGUUGACGGAACAGCCAGCCGCCUCUCUCGGUUAGCCAUCAGGGAUCUCGGUUUAAUAUCUCACCGUGCAGAGACUCGCCCUCUCUCUCCCCCUCUCUCUCUCACUGACUAGCCCAGAACCACCGACGACCGAGAUCGGAAAACCCGCCUUCUUGUUCUCGCUUAUGCUCUUUUGGAUCGAGGGAAGGGAGACUGCAACGCCCUGGCUCUAGGUUUAAGCUCCGUUUUUCUCCGUUUGCAGUGCGCCAUUGGACCUUGUCACGAUACAAGACAGUACGCCUACAAAUGAAUGGAGAAAUGGAGGCAUCCACCCAAAGCCAAGUUUGGGCACAGGAUGACCUUUUAAACCUGCUGGAGGCCAUGAAAGUGGCCCUGCCUCAGAAAGACCUGACUAAAUACAAAACAUCAGAGUCCCACCUCGACUGGCAGAAGGUUGCCUUCAAUUCCUACACAGCAGAUAUGUGUAAGCAGAAGUGGCAGGAGGUCUCUAAAGAGAUUCGUAAAUUCCGGACCCUAACAGAGCUGAUAGCUGAUGCUCAAGACUACAUCAAAAACCCUUACAAGGGCAAGAAAAUAAAGAAACACCCAGAUUUCCCCAAGAAGCCCUUGACUCCAUACUUCCGCUUCUUCAUGGAAAAGAGGGCCAAGUAUGCAAAGUUGCACCCUGAGAUGAGCAACCUAGACUUAACUAAAAUCCUCUCCAAGAAAUACAGGGAGCUGCCUGACAAGAAGAAGAAAAAAUAUGUUGAGGACUUUUUAAGAGACAAAGAAACAUUUGUGCACAGCAUGAUGAAGUUCAGGGAAGAACACCCGGACCUUAUGGAGAGCAUGACAAAGAAAGGUUCAAAUGUACCAGAGAAGCCCAAGACACCCCAGCAGCUGUGGUACAACCACGAAAAGAAGGCCGUGCUCAAGACACGUCCAGAUGCGACCACCAAAGACAUUAAGGACAGUCUUGGCAAACAGUGGACGCAGCUGUCCGACAAGAAGAGACUCAAAUGGAUCAUCAAGUCUCUUGAGCAGAGGAAACAGUACGAGGAGACAAUGCGAGAGUACAUCCAGCAGCACCCAGAGUUAAACAUGACCCAAGAUGAUAUCGUAAAGUCCACCCUGACGAAGGCUGAGAGACACCUGAAAGACAAAUCUGACGGCCGACCUGACAAACCACCUCCAAAUGGUUACUCGAUGUUCUGCGCGGAGUUGAUGUCGAACAUGAAGGACGUACCCAGCACAGAGCGUAUGGUGAUGUGUAGUCAGCGGUGGAAGCUGCUGAAACAGGCUGAGAAGGACGCCUACCAGAAACGCUGUGAACUUAGGAAGAAGGAGUAUGAAAUUGAGAUGAACAGAUUUCUCAGUAGUUUGUCAGAGGAGGAGCAGCAGCGCGUCUUGUCUGAGGAGAAGAUAGGUUUUAAGAGGGGCGGUGGAGCCAACAGUCCUGCCUCCAAAAAGAAGAACUCUAAAGCAAAGGCCAGUCCAGAGAAACCCAAAAGGCCAAUUUCAGCCAUGUUCAUCUUCUCUGAGGAGAAGCGUCCUAAACUGCAGCAGGAGAGGCCGGACCUUGCUGACAGUGAGCUCACGAGACUCCUGGCCCGCAUGUGGAAUGAGUUGCCAGAUAAGAAGAAGGAGAAGUAUAAACGCCUAGAAACAAUCCUAAAGGCAGAGUCAGAGAAGAAGGAGAAGGAGGACCGUAGUCGUCUGCCAGACCCACCCAAGACUGCACAGGACAUCUGGCAGCAGAGUGUCAUAGGAGACUACCUGGCCAGAUUUAAGAAUGACCGGCCAAAGGCACAGAAAGCAAUGGAAACAGCCUGGAGCACCAUGGAGAAAAAAGAGAAAAUUAUGUGGAUCAAAAAGGCAGCAGAGGACCAGAAAAGAUACGAGAGAGACCUGUGUGAGAUGCGCUCACCUGCUGCUGCUGCCAUUGCCUCAGGGAAGAAGAUGAAGUUUGAGGGUGAACCCAAGAAACCACCAUCAAACGGAUAUCAGAAGUUCUCCCAGGAGAUGCUGUCCAACGGAGAGCUGAAUCACCUCCCGAUGAAGGAGCGGAUGACCGAGAUCGGCAGCCGCUGGCAGAGGUUACCGCUGAAGGACAAAGAGCGCUACAAGAAGAUCGCUGAGGAGAAGCAGAGACAGUACAAAGUCCUACUGGAACAGUGGCUUGCUAGUUUGUCUUCACAAGAGAGAAACACUUACAAAGAGUAUAAUUCACAAAAAAGGAGAACUACUGCAAAACCAGGAGGCCCCAAGGCAAAGUCCAAGAAAUCUGAAACGGAGGAGGAGGAUGACGACGAGGAUGAAGAUGAUGAUGAGCAGGAGAAGGCCUCCUCUGAGGCAGACUCAUCCAGCGAGGAUGAGGAUGACGACGAUGAUAAGGAGGAGGAAGACGACGAUGAUGACGACGAUGAUGACGAAGACGACGAAGAUGACGAUGAGGCGGAAGACAAGGAGAACAAGUCGGAGGACAGCAGCAGCGAAUCGAAUUCACAGGGGUCGUCGGACUCAGAUUCGGACUGAAACGGGCCGACGUCGUCAUGAGACGAACUGAGCUGAGCUGAGCCAAGAGUCAAGGGAGCUCUGCCACUGUGCCAACCCUGCUCUCCUCCCACCACCAGAGGGAGCCCCUGCAUUGCCUCAUCCACUUCACACUCACCCACUUUUUGUUGCUGCGUUGGUGACCCUGCCCGUAUGUCCAAAAUCAGUUUCAUUCCCUCCCCGGUGUGAUGGUCAUCUCACAGCACGGGGCCGCUGACAUUAUGCCAAAAACAGCAUCCCACUGGUUUGAUGAUGUCAUGAACAUUUCUGCCGCUGGUUUCAAUCUUGACUUAUAGGUUCAUUGGUUUAAGGUUAGAGUUUUAAUGUUGAGGGUAAUGAAUAACUCUCCGGUGUUUUUAUUUUAUCAUUCUGGUAAUUAGUUGAAGACGGGUGGCAUGAGUUGUGAACAGGCUUCAUAGAGCCAAAGAACAUAGUAUGGUGGAUCACUUUAUAGAGAGGGGUGGGGGGGUGCAGGGUACUGAAAAAUUGCACUCUUCAGAAUGUUUCCAUUAAUAUUUUUUUCCAGAACGUUGUUGCGUUGUUCUCUAUUCUCAAUUUAUGAUGUAGAUUUUAUCAUUUGGUUCUUAAAGAGGUGGUAUUUUUUCAGGAAAAAAAUCAAGCCAUUAUGAAUGUCUUUUUGUUGCUGGAAAUUUUCAGAACUUGUUACUUACCCAUGUUCUCAUUUAAAACAUAACAGUGCCUAUAUAAAGUAUUCACCCCCUCUUGGACUUUUUCAUGUUUUAUUGUUUUGCAGCGUUGAACCAAAGUGGCUGUAAUGAGGCUUUGAUAUUCAUUAACAGAAAAUGACUCUUUUAAAGGAAUCCUGCAGCGUUUUAGGUGAAGAUGACGUGGUGUUUGGUGCAGCUGACGUUUCAACACAGAACUGAAACUGACAUUUGGUCUAAUCUAACCCUCAGUAAGAUGGCAACAAGCUAUGUGACUUUUCCAAAAUGACUUUCAAAACAAAAGUUUUCCUGUAAUGUCACAAGAAAAACAGAUUUAUCUAAAUUAAGUGAGUUUAAAAAACAUUAAAUUGAUUACAUAAGUAUUACAUAAAUAUCUAGUAGAAGCACCUUUUGGCAGCAGCUUUAAGUCUAUGUGUCUUUAUCAGCUUUGCAUGUGUCGGCUCUGCAUUUCCCUCCAUUUCUUUUCACAAAACUGCCCAAUCAUGGUGUAUAAGGGCUGUAAGUGAGCAGCAGUUUCAAGUCCUGCCACAAAUUCUCUAAUGGAUUUAAGUCCGAUCUCACUGAUGCGCUUCUUGCACCAACACAGCCGGCUCUAAGCAGAUUUACAGCUGUCCCAUAUUCUUUACUACUUUUUUUUUUUUUUUUGAAUGGUUGACCUCAUUGUAAUCUGCAGGCUAUUCUGUGCCUUGAAAAUGUUCUUGUAUCCUUCCCCUGAUUGGUAGUUUUCAGUAAGCUUGUUGCAAUUUAUUCUGAAUGUUCCUUUAUUGUCGAUUUUAUUAGAAAAUUGACUAACAAGCUGUUGGAGCCUCCUGAUACAGGUGUAUUUACUGGUCACACUUCUGAUCACAAUCCUGGCUUUCUCCAUUCAACUUCUGUGAAUAAUCUUUUUUUUAAAAUGCACCAGUCAAUGCUCAUGUAAUCAAUAAUUUUUGUUUUAUAUUAGGACUUCAUUUAGAUCGAUAAGUGAAGAUUUGUUUUCACUUUGACAUUAACGACUAGAGUCAAAAAAGCCUGAUUACAUCCGCCAUGCUUCAGAGUUGUAAAACAAAAAAAAAUGUCCAAGAGAGGUGAAUACUUUUGAUAGGCACUCUAGGAUCCAUUGCCAUGUGUCCGUCACUGAAAGGCGUCAUUUAUCAAACUUAACUGACACGUCCUGUAGUACAUACAAACCCAUCAGUCUGAAACAAUUCUGUUUGACUCAGCAGUUUGUUCUGGCCUCACCGUAAUAAACAGUGUUUAUUGUGUGACCGGAGCAGUUUGUCAGUGAAGGGAUAACAAGUGUUUUCCACGUUUAGCGCUCAGUCUGACUGUUUUUAAAGAAUAUGUCACGCAGUCGCUGUAUUGUUUCAUUUACGGUUUAUUUGAAUUGUUAAUAGGUUUGUUUUAAUUGUGUUCUGAUUCAUCAGGAAUCAUUUGUGGAUGUUGAACUCAAUGGUUUUCAUCAAAUUUUGUUUUGAAAUUGUAAUGGUAUUGACUGUAAUCCAAAUGGGUUUUGCAGUCUGAUGCUUAUCCCAAAAAAGUGUGCACUUAACGUAAAUCUGUCCCUCUGUGUGAGUUUGUGCGCAUGCAUGCACAGAACUGUGUAUCUAUGAGGGUGUGAGUGUGUGUUUCUUUGCUUUAAUGUGUGCUGUUUUUACUGUUUUUUCUGUUGCAUACCAUGAUGUGACUGCAGUGUGCCUGUGUGGAGACAUCAUACCAACACCAUGAAUGUAGAUAUUGUUAAAUCUUUUACAAAUAUUUUUUCUUUUUUCCAAAGGUCUUUACUAAUUCUUCUGCUCGGCGCUGUCGUGUCAUUGGUUACCUGAAAACGUUUUAAUGACAUGAUUUCCUUGACUGUCAUUCUGGGUCCACAGACAGAGAAGUACACGGCAACUAUUACUAAUCUGUUAGUAACGGGCUGACUGAUUGAAAUCAUUAUGAAUCUCAUCACUGUCUGAAACAAAACCAGCGUGGACUAUUUAAAUAAUUCGGGGAGGGAAAAGGAACGUGAUUGCUGAUAUUGAUCGAUGGGAGUUUGUAAAAGGGAUUUGGGGAACGGAGUUGCCAGAGGAAUUGGGGUUAAAAUUUGUUGAAAUUUUUCUGUAAAUACUGUUUUUGUAUUGAGUGCUUAUUGUUUUGUUAGUGCUUUAAGUUGGCAAACCCUCAUCUGUGACUUCUGAGGCCAGUGAGUUUUUCACUCACGGGGGAGGUUUUUGGUUUAAUUCACCAGUUUUAGUUGUUUCUUCUCUCCCUUAUGUUGGUUUAUAGAGAUAUCUAAGACAGCAAAGCUUUACAAGUUUGUACUGCUGAUCAUUUGACAAAAUGUGAUGUUUUCUAUAGCUGAGGGUGUUCUUAUGUCCUUGUAGUUCAAGUCUUUGGGCAAAUAAAAAAUUAUCUUUAA